AACCGGUCCGACUGCUUCCUACCGCAAGGACAUGUGUGGCGUCUGCUCACGGCUAUGCACGUUAUUUGUCCAAAGUGGUUUAUGUUCAGCGGGCGACAAAUGAUGGUCGAGUAAAAUAACGCGCGACGCUUUGCAGGGCAUGUUCACGCUACGGGUUCAACGGAGAUAGUUUGCAGGUGUGUACGCAGUUGCUGGGAUACGAUCGAGCAUAUCGGCAGUGGACGCGCAACCAAUGGCUUUCACGUGUACUCAGGGGCGAAACUAGGUGAAACAAACCGGCGUCUAUCUAAGCUCUUUCAAUGGGAGCGUCUGCCGCGAUCGCGUUUUUGCCUGUACAGCGCGCGGGCAAAUGGCACAGCAUGCUGCGGUAGCAAAAACCGUCUGCGACAUGCCAUGCGUCAUCCGUUUCUGCGUUGCCUGUCGGCUCAGUGUCAGCUGCGGAAUCUACUCUGCUUCGUACCCGGUCCCGUUGGCAGAGUCGUAAAGUACGGCGGUCUUCUCGCGACAGCAUUAGCUGCAUCGCGGACGCCCGCACAUAGCGCGACCCACGCUAGGAUGACUUCGUCGGCAAGGAAGACCCGUAGCCCCGACGAUAUUUUGUAUUUCGCCUACGGCAGUAACAUGUGGUCGCAUCGCAUGCACAUCCGCAACCCGACGGCCAAGUUUUUCGACACUGCAGAACUCGAGGGCUACUACGUGGGUUUUGUGGACGACUUUGAAAGUUGGCAAGGUGCUGCUGCCACACUGAAAAAGAGUGCCGAGCGCACCACGCAUGGAGUCUUAUGGACAAUUCCGAAGGGAGACAUACAUAGUCUUGACCGGCAGGAGAGGGAGUAUGAAGCUGCCGAUGUGACAGUCAAGCUGCCAUCAGGGGACAAAGUGGUCUGCCGGACAUACUUCUAUCUUCCCUCAAGGCCCGGAAAGAAAAAUAUGCCCUCACUUCUUUACAAAGCCGUCAUCGUGGCUGGAGCGAUUGAACACAAGCUGCCCGACAGCUAUGUGCAAGAACUGAUGAAGAACCCCGACAACGGCAAAACACAGGGUAGCAACAUUGGAGUGGACAUUGAGAAGCUCCGAUCAGAUGUAAAUGGGUACCUGACUUUAUGAAUGUGUGCGAUUUAUAGAAGUGAUAGUUAUGCAAGUAUUUAGUAAACAUUUCGUUGAAGAC